AGUAAGUCAGCAGCCAUGGACAGGUACGCAGGCCGCGUCGCUCUGGUCACAGGCGCCAGCGUCGGCAUCGGCGCAGCCAUCACACAAAGUCUGCUCCGGCACGGACUCACCGUGGUGGGGCUGGCUAGGAGAGUCGACAAGGUCAAGGCACUGGCACUAAAAGAUGCUCCUGGAAAGUUGUACGCUCUAGAAGGAGAUGUCAGCAACGAGAAAAGCAUCCUUGCUGCUUUCAAAUGGAUUAAGGCCAAUCUGAAAGGUGUCGACAUCCUCAUUAACAACGCUGGACUUGUCGUAGAGAGCGACCUAUCAUCCGCACCUACGGAAUCGUGGAAGCGCAUGCUGGACGUGAACGUGCUGGGACUGUGCAUCUGCACCAGGGAGGCCGUGCAGGACAUGCUGAGCAGGGGCGUUGACGACGGCUUCAUCAUCCACAUCAGCAGCUUAACUGCACACCUGCCAGCGUUCGGAACAGAAACCGCCAUGUACUCUGCCACCAAGCACGCCGUCAACGUGCUGCUCGAAGGCCUCAGGAAGGACCUCGUCGCCAAAAAGAGCAAGAUUCGCGUGGGGGCAGUUUCUCCGGGCACUGUGAAGACAGAGCUGCUAAACAACGGGAAAUUCUGGCCUAAAGACCUUUACGAUAGAGCCCCAUACAUGGAACCAGAGGAUGUAGCAGAAGCCGUGGUUUACAUGUUAUCCCAGCAUCCUCGAGUACAGGUUCAUGACAUCGUUUUACGUCCAAACGGCAGUGCUGCAUAAGGACAAUAAUAGUGGAGAAUUACAGAUGUUGCUAUUGUAGACAAGUAACGCUUUGUGAUGCUGGAUCUUCGUGAACUGUGUCAUUAUAAAACACAUUGACAUAAUACAACAAAAAUACAGUUGUAUAUUGAAAUCUGCUUAUUCCACGUUUACUAUCUUACGUGGAACAUAUUGAAGCCCUUGUACGUG